UGGCCUGCACCCUGCCCAGCGCGGUCUGAGCCUCGGACAUGCACCAUCUCUGGCCAGGGGCAGCAUGGCUCUGCGCACAUGUCUUCAUUUAUACGGGCGAGUUCACACCCGUGGCUCAUUCCACGGCUCAGUUUGGUGGUCUGUGUUCCCGGGGCUCGACCGAUGGGAAGCGUCUGCCACAUCUGGACGAGCCCCGCCCGGGCCGAAGCGUGCGGAGGAUGGAAACCCUCCCCCGGCAAUGUCUCUGGGCCGUCUCCUUCGCCGGGCCUCCUCCAAAGCCUCAGACCUCCUGACCCUCACCCCGGGCAGUGGUGGCGGGCCCCCCUCCGUCCUGGAGGGGGAGAUCAUCUACUCCAAGAACAAUGUCUGUGUGCACCCACCAGAGGGGCUGCAGGGGCUGGGGGAGCACCACCCAGGCUAUCUGUGCUUGUACAUGGAGAAGGAUGAGCUGCUCGGGAGCACCCUCAUCCUCGCGUGGGUCCCCAACUCUCGCAUCCAGAAGCAGGACGAGGAGGCGCUGCGCUACAUCACCCCUGAGAGCUCCCCGGUGCGCAAGGCGCCCCGCCCGCGGGGCCGGCGCGCCCAGAGCUUGGGGACGCCCCACCAGCCCUCCCCUACGGAGCCCAGGCCCGCCCUGACCCCCAGAGACGAGGAUGCCCUGGUGGUGGUGCAGAGCAUCCAGGACGCCGUGCGCGUCAGCCCUUCACCCCCUUCCGAGGACGGGGAGAAGCUGGCCCAGGGCUUGGGGAUGGCCCCGCCGGCGCCAGCCCACAGCGACUCCGGGAUCCUGUCGGGGGUCAGCUCGCAGGACGGGCCGGAGGAGGGGCGGGAGCCCCGGCCCGAGGCCGGCGAGGAGGAGGGUUCCCUUGAGCUGUCGGCGGACGGUGUGAGCAGGGACAGCUCCUUUGACUCGGAUUCCGACGCCUUCUCUUCGCCAUUCUGCCUCUCGCCCAUCAGCGCCGCCCUUGUGGACAGUGGCAGCUCCGUGUUCCUGGACAGCGAGAGCGGCUCCCCGUCCAGUGCCGAUGCCCACCUGCGGUUCCCGGACGGCACCGGCCUCCUGCAGACCCCGCGCUGGGACGAGCCGCAGAGGGCCUGUGCCCUGGAGCAGAUCUGCGGCGUGUUCCGUGUGGACCUGGGGCAGAUGCGCUCCCUCCGCCUCUUCUUCAGUGAUGAGGCCUGCACCAGCGGCCAGAUGGUCCUCGCCAGCCGCGAGAGCCAGUUCAAGGUUUUCCAUUUCCACCACGGCGGCCUGGACAAGCUGUCCGACGUGUUUCAGCGCUGGAAAUACUGCGUGGAGACUCACCUCAAGGACCAGCAGGUCACUGACGAAAAGACGUGCAUGCAGUUCUCCAUCCGACGCCCCAAACUGCCCUCCUCCGAGACGCACCCUGAGGAGAGCAUGUACAAGAGGCUGGACGUGGCGGCCUGGCUGCGCCACCUGAACGAGCUGGGCCAGGUAGAGGAGGGGUACAAACUGCGCAAGGCCAUUUUCUUCGGCGGCAUUGAUGUGUCAAUCCGGGGGGAGGUCUGGCCCUUCCUGCUGCGGUAUUACAGCCAUGAGUCCACGUCGCAGGAGAGGGAGGCACUGCGGGCGCGGAAGCGCCGGGAAUACGCCGAGAUCCAGCAGAAGAGGCUCUCCAUGACCCCUGAAGAGCACAGAGCGUUCUGGCGCAACGUGCAGUUCACCGUGGACAAGGAUGUGGUUCGGACGGAUCGGAGCAACCAGUUCUUCCGAGGUGAAGACAAUCCGAAUGUGGAGAGCAUGAGGAGGAUCCUGCUGAACUAUGCCGUAUACAACCCAGCCAUCGGCUACUUUCAGGGCAUGUCAGACCUUGUGGCACCCAUCCUGGCCGAGGUCCUGGACGAAUCAGACACCUUCUGGUGCUUUGUGGGUUUGAUGCAGAACACGAUAUUCGUCAGCUCUCCUCGAGACGAGGACAUGGAGAAACAGCUGCUCUACCUGCGGGAGCUGCUGCGGCUGACGCACCUUCGCUUCUACCAGCACCUGGUCUCGCUGGGUGAGGACGGCCUGCAGAUGCUCUUUUGCCACCGUUGGCUGCUGCUGUGUUUCAAGCGCGAGUUCCCCGAGGCCGAGGCGCUGCGCAUCUGGGAGGCCUGCUGGGCCCACUACCAGACGGAUUACUUCCACCUUUUCAUCUGCGUGGCCAUCGUGGCCAUCUACGGGGAUGAUGUCAUUGAGCAGCAGCUGGCCACCGACCAGAUGCUCCUGCACUUUGGAAACCUGGCCAUGCACAUGAACGGGGAGCUCGUUCUCAGGAAGGCCCGCAGCCUGCUGCACCAGUUCCGUCUCCUGCCCCGCAUCCCCUGCAGCCUGCACGACCUGUGUAAGCUGUGUGGGACCGGCAUGUGGGACAGCGGAUACAUGCCCGCUGUGGAAUGCACGGGCCACCACCCGGGCUCGGAGAGCUGUCCCUACGGGGGCACGGUGGAGACGCCUUCGCCCAAGCCCCCCAGAGACGGCAAGAAGGGCCCAAAGGUGCCUCGGGAAGGCUUCGGUUUCCGCAGAUAGGUGGGGCUCCCUGCACUGGACGAAGCUGGAGGGGACCUCCGCAGUGGUCCUGGGCACGUGGGAGGGGACGGGGGAUGGUAGAGAAACAUAAGGAAAAAGACUUGGGGCGACAGGAAGGGAACAUUUUCAUAUUAAUGACGUAAGCAGAGUCUCGAAGUGACUGAAGUAAGGCCCACCAGCUACCCAGAGAAAAGUCACCUCCCAGAACAGUGGGGCCGGAGCGCGCGGCCCUCCGGCCUGGAGAGGCAGGCUGGCUGGCUUCUUGGGCUGCCUGCCCGUGGUGGGUCUCGGCGUGCCUCAGGGACUCCGCCGCGGCAUCAGCACCGGGCGGCACUGCCAGGCAGCGAGAAAGGCCUGCUCCCGCUGCAGCACAGGGACUGCAGAGCAGAAGGGGGCCCCAUCCAGGCCAGGGACAUCUUUGCAAGCUGGACACGCCUCCUUAUCAGGCCCCGUUUUCUGAGCGGGCCAGUCUCAACUUUGCACAGUUUCAUGAAGAUGUCUGCAAAAAAAAGAAAAAGAAAAAUCCCGGUGACUUCACGAUAGACAGGUGUAGGAGCAGCCUGAGGGUCUGAGAGGCUGGGGGCUCUUCAGUGUCCGUUUACACAUUUUAUACUCCUGGUAUGUGAAAGAACCUGCCUGCCGCUGAGCCCGAGCCUCAGGCUGUUGGGGGUUGUUGGACCCCUCUCCCGUAGUUGCGGGGGAUGGUUCUCCCUGAGGAUCUCUGUUUAAGGUCAAGCUCACCCAACACAGCAGUCUGCUGGGGGCCGCGUGGGUUGGGCUGUGUGGGCGCCGACGAAAUCUCCUCUGUCUGAGGGAAGUGGGACUGCAUUAGCUGAGCACCCGAGACAGAAGCAUCCAAGAGGCCUGGAAGGACCCCCGCUUCCCUGCAGGGCCUGCACCGUGUGACCGGGGGCCUUCUCAGGUAGCAUGGCGCAGCGGCGACCCCAUAAUGUAGCCAGCACUCAGGACACCGCUCCCACCUCCAGAAGAUUCCUGUCGGGGGAUCCUUCUGGGAUUUAGGGAGACGGACAGAGGAGGGCGUGGGAGCUCCCGACCAGCUGGAAAGCAUCCAGCCAUCUGCACAGAAAGCCACUUCUUGAGCUGGUGGGCUCACAAAGGCUUGAAUCCUUCCCCGAAGCCUCCUGCAGCA